AUGUUACAUUUCCAAGAAAUUUCAGUGAUUAUUCUGCUUGUUGGACUUACAAGCUUACUCCCGAUUCUCUAUCUGUUGAACAAACGUGUUUCCGAGUGUGUGAAGGCAUUACAUGUCCUCGAAGAAAUUACCCUUGGACAACUGCAAGCUGAAAAUAUUGCAGUUGGAAAAGAAUUCGACUGGUCCAUGUUCAAGGGGGCACUGGACCUUACUCGGGCGUUUGUUGCCGGACAUUCAUUCGGUGGUGCGACAGCCAUUGCUGCGACGGCAUUUUCCACCGAUUUUCAAGCCGCCGCUGUAUUGGACGGGUGGUUGUAUCCGCUGGAACCAGGUCAUUAUGAAAGAGCAACACAGCCAACACUAUUAUUGAACGCUGGCCGAUGGCAGUUCAUGGAAAACAUCGAGCAAAUGCGUAAAUUACGAAACAUCGCCGAGAAGCCAAUCUACACCUUCAGGGAUGCGGAGCAUGCAACGUUCACUGACUUUCCUUUCUUGGUGAACUCAUACAUUGGAAGACGAAUGAAGUUACAUGGAGAGACUGCUAAAAGUCUCCGUUCCAUUAUAGAAACCAUACGAACGUAUUUUGUGGAGGAGCUUGCCGCCAUGGAUGCGGAGCAUGCAACGUUCACUGACUUUCCUUUCUUGGUGAACUCAUACAUUGGAAGACGAAUGAAGUUACAUGGAGAGACUGCUCCUGAGGUUGCAAUGGAAGCUAUUGUUAAGAUGACAGUUGCCUUUUUCAAUAAGGAACAGGGCCAGGAGAGCAACGAUCUGUGUCAUCUGGUCAACGAAAAAUAUAGCCAUUUUGUUGUUGAAGGAUUUCCAUCGCAUUUAUUGAAUGGCAAGUCUGGGUAG